UGAGGAGCAAGCAAGCAAGCAAGCUGUUCGGCGGAUCGCCACUCGUAGCCAAGAUUCCUCAGACGCCUCGCGACGCAGUCAGUCGUCAGAGCCUCAAAGAUGGGUGAUUUCGACGCCUCAGUCAGUGACACCAGCACUAUGCUCUCGGAAUACGACCUUGGUUCAGAAGUAGGAACAGAAAUAAGACAGAGUGAACGCGACGACGGCGACUGGGGCGCGAUUUUCCUGAUCGCAUGCGGUUUACUACUCGUCGGCCUGUCCUUGCUUCUAAUAAUGAUCUCGCUGACGGCGGUUUCUAGCGACAAUGAACUAGAUGACGACGAUGAAGACCGUCCUGAUGGGUCACAAACUUCUUACGACCAUGUUGGUGGUUCAGGAGGGCCGAGCAGCGGUGGAGCGACCAAGAGCAUUCCAGGAGAGCCGAGACCAACUGCUGUGAGAUCUGCCCCAAGACAGCCGCCUGUGGGCCAACGAGAUUCAGAGACCAACCACCGUCGGUCCCCGACCAUACCUCCGGCCCCUCGUGUACCGGGUGCGCACUCGUCCCCAAGUCUACAAACGCCGAAGACCACACCACUUCCUCAGCCGCAACCACUUUCCACACCAAUGGUUACCCGACCGCCGCCACUGAAACCAUCGAAGCCGAAGGCCACCCGAGGAGCACCAACGCCGCAAACCACGAAACCGAAGGUUACCCGACCGCCACCACUGAAACCAUCGACGCCAAAGGCCACCCGAGGAGCACCAACGCCGCAAACCACGAAACCGAAGGUUACCCGACCGCCACCACUGAAACCAUCGACGCCAAAGGCCACCGGACGAGCACCGACGCCGCUAACCACAAAAGCGAGGAUUACCCAACCGCCACCAUUGCUACCAUCGACGCGAAAGGCCACCCCAACGGCACCAACGCCGCAAAUCACGAAACCGAAGAUUGCCCCACCGCCACCACAGCAACCAUCGACGCCAAAGGCCACCCGAGGAGCACCAACGGCGCAAACCACGAAAGCGAAGGUUACCCAGCCGGCACCAUUGCGACCAUCGACACCAAAGGCCACCCAGCUAGCGCCAAUGCCACAAACCACGAAACGGAAGAUUUCACCACCGCCACCACAGCAACCAUCGACGCCAAAGGCCACCCGAGGAGCACCAACGGCGCAAACCACGAAAGCGAAGGUUACUCAGCCGCCAACAUUGCGACCAUCGACACCAAAGGCCACCCGGCUAGCGCCAACGCCGCAAACCGCGAAACCGAAGAUAGUCCCACCACCACCACAGCAACCAUCGACGCCAAAGGCCACCCCAACAGCAGCAACGCCGCAAACCACGAAACCGAAGAUUGCCCCAUCACCACCACUGCAACCAUCGACACCAAAGGCCACCCGACGAGCGCCAACGCCGCAAACCACGAAACCGAAGAUUGCCCCAACGUCACCACUGCAACAAUCGACGCCAAAGCCAACAGAUUCCUCGUUGCCGCCUCUCGAAGAACGACCACCGACAUUCGAAUCUGUGAUCUGCACCGUGGACCGCGGAGGCCCGAUGGAGCUGCCAGCGGACGGGGUCUGCGACUUCAUAUUCUAUGACUCGCUGAAGGAGCCCUUCGGCAAACUGGGUCGACCGUCCCGGGGAAAGUUCAAGACCUUUCAGACGUUCGCGGCCGUGGCAAAGCAGACGCAGUUUGGCGUCUCGAUAUAUGCCUUGGACAUCGGCCAAUUUUUGGCCCACCUUAACAAGCCGACCGCAACAGCGUGGGCAAAAGAAAAACUGUGGAACCACAAAAUCUACCACUGGGGCGUAAUGAAUAUGCACCAAACGAUUACUGAUGUACCAGGCUAUUUCGAAAAUGCCCUUCUUACUUUGAAGAAAGCAGCUGACAUAUCCAAGCCAUCUGCUACGAAGAGAGUAGCGUCAUACACCUUCCUCGGCUACUACGGUAAAAAGCAAGUUGCCUGCGAGGAGGCGGCACAGCACCUCCAAACAAUCCACACACCUCAUGUUGUGGUGCUCCUGGGGCACAUAUCUUUUAAAGAAGACGAGAUCGCAACUGAAGUGCCCAAUUUCAUAUGCAUAAUAGUGCCGCCAAGUAUCUACAAAUUUCCACCAAGUGUCAUGGCUAAGUUGGUCUAUGGGCACACUUAUGAGGCGGCCACCGGUAUGGUGACCUGCAUCAGCCAAAAAGGAAUCAAACCUCCACCCGUCUACGCCGUUUCGGUCACCUUGAAAGGCCGCUGGUACACGCCCAAGGUGGACGACAUAGACGAAGCAAAAAUCGGCGCCUACGCUGUGUUUGAGCAAUGCGACAGCUUCCGCGAAUACACGAUUCCUCAACGGAUCUGCACCAAAACAAAAACGAAAUAUAUCAGCAACUUAGAGUUAAACGAUACAGGUUUAUAUAUGCAGACUUACGAUAAGAAACCUGGGACCAAGCAGACCCUCGUCUUUGACAGUACGAUGACCCAAGUGAAGAAGAUCUGUGAAGCCAGGUACAAAGACACGAAGCAUGCCUAUACCAUUGCAGCGUAUGACGUUAACUACGAUUAUGCUACCUCGGCGUGCCCGAAGAAGAUUCCAGGCGGAUACAGCAGAACGCAGAGCUACAAGAAGCUCGUCAAAUUUCUCGCAAACUUCAAGGGCAAGCAGCAAGCAGACUGUCUUGCCAUUAUUAAUUGAUAACGCCCUACACAUACCUCAUCUGUAUAUUACGUUAUAAGAUGUGCUCAAGUAGAUACAAUGUGAUUAAAUGUUUGAUGGAAAAGCUGG